CCCUGUGCAACACUCAACAUCGUACCCGCACCAAAGGACGAUGACGAGUUCGGAGGCAACCAAGAAAAUCGGGCUGAAGACGUCGGACGGCGAGGUCUUCGAGGUUGAUUACGAGGUGGCGUGUGAAUCGCUCACCUUGAAAGCCUAUUUCGACGAAGAAUGCGCGGCAAAGGACAACGUCAUACCACUCCCAAUUGUCUCCGGUAGGGCGCUGUCCAAGAUCAUUGUCUACUGCAGGAAGCACCUUGAUCUACGUGUCCGAUCGUCGGCUCCCGGGGAGGAGCAAGCGGUCGAGAAAGAAGGUAUGGACUUUGACAGGGAGUUCGUGAGGGAGCUGAGCGACGAUGAGCUCAAGGAGUUGAUCGUUGCAGCCAACUAUCUCAACAUGAAGGAAUUUCUUGACAUGCUGAACCAGGGAACUGCGGAUCGUAUCAAGAACAAGAGUGUGGCAUACGUGCGUGCCUUCUUUGGGAUCGAAAACGACUUCACGCCAGAGGAGGAGGCUCGGAUUCGGGAGGAGAAUCUGUGGGCAUUUGAGGGCGUGGAAGAAGACUGAGUUUGUGGGUAAAGAAAGGAUUUUGGACUAGAUAUGCAGUUUCCAUUAGAAACUUAGGUUUUUGGGAUUUUGCUGAUUAGCAGGAUGGGUUUUAAUGGCCUGGAUUGCAGAAAUCAUGGGUGUGAAUGUGGUGAUGCAUCUAUGCUUUAUAAUGUUUAGUGAAUGGAAUGAAUUAUGGUUUUUGAAUGUGCUUGAUUAAUUUCAUUCAAUAUUAUUUUUUUUUUGUCUUUUGAGCCUUCA